AUGACAAACAAAAAGUGGACAGCGGAAACAAAACGGAACUCGGAGUACACGGCGGUUCUUGCCAAGAAGCACUGUGAAAUUGACGCGUACAAUAAAGACGACAACGGAAGGUGUUACUUGCCCAAGGUGGAAGGACCGCUCAGAUGUGACCAGCCUCAGGCGAAGUACUGGUACGAUUACAACACGAAACAGUGCGCUGCAGUUCUGACUUUCUGUAAAGACGUUGGACCAUUCGCGACUACAGCAGCACCAGCUCCUCAACCACCUCAACCGCCACGAAAUGCCACAGAGGUUGAAUCCGCGGAGGUUGAUCAUGAAGUUGUUGCCCAUCCCAUUAUUGAUGAGCGACCGACCCCAGGACAGAGAUACGAUGAUCGCCCGCGGCAGCCUAUGCCAACGAUCGAAGAAGUGUGUAGAUCUACGCCAAGACUCCGGCCCCUGAACCUGCGAGACGUUUAUUAUAUGAGUGGCGUGGCAGAAACCUCAAUCGUUUCCGUACUGAAGAAGAAUAUCGAGUCAAUCCGCAGCGCAACAACCACAACCGGAAUCCGAGUUCACCUCCAGCAACCGACGCUAUCCGAUCACGUCACAGGGGCUGGUGCGGCCACCACCGCCAGUCGUGCCACAGCAGCCAGGUUACGGCAGUCCCCCUCAUUCAGUCACGGCAAUCUUGCCAUUUGCCACUCGACGUCGGCAAAUGUCAAGGCUCGUUUGACAGUUGGUAUUAUGAGAUGGCGACUGGCUCAUGCGUUGAGUUCAAGUACUCCGGAUGUUCUGGUAACGCGAACCGAUUCGCUACUCGGGAGGAGUGUUGAAAGCACCUGCGUUCGUCAACCUGAAUCACACCCUGAUGCUGCCUCUCAAGGAGAAAUUUCCGUUUGUGACGAGGCUAAGGAAACAGGUCCAUGCACUAACUUUGUCACCAAGUGGUAUUACAACAAGGCCGAUGGUACGUGUAAUCGAUUCCACUAUGGUGGUUGUGAAGGGACUAGAAAUCGGUUCGAUAACGAGCAGAGCUGCAAGGCGGCUUGUGCUAACCACCAGGCCGGUAAAAAGUGA